AUGCUCAGUGCGAGGCGAUUCUGCCGAAUGGGGUUUGCAGAGCAUGAUGAGGAUGAUGUUGUUGCUGCUGCUGCUGCUGAUGCUGAUGAUGCUGCUGGUGGUGGUGCUGGUGGUGGUGGUGGGAAUGGGGAGAGGGAGGGAGUGGAGGAUGGGGAGGAGGUGGAAGGGAAGAGGAGGCGGAGGAGGAGCAAGACCUGGCAAGCGGUUCGGAGCGGUGCUGCUGGGUGCUUCUCGGUGCCGCUUUUGGAAGACGGGCGUGGAAGGGCAACUGGUGGUAGCGAUGGGAACGCUGGUGGCGGGAAGGAGAAGAAACCGUGGCGGCAUGGGAAGAGGAGUAAGGAGGGGGGGAGAUCGAGUAAGGAGAACGGGCGAGGAGGAGGGAGCAAGGCGGAAGAGGAAGGGGGGAGGGAGGGAGAUGGAUGGCUCAUGAGGAAGGGCGGAGGAAGGUUCCUCUUGGACUCACUCAAGUCCCCUGUUGUUAUUACUCGCCUCACAAUGAUGGCGCUGCUCGUUAUAGUCACGGUGGUGCUGUGUGUGAGCACGUGGUAUGCAGCGGGCAAGAUGUACAGCGACUCCCUUGAUGACAUCGCCACACAGCUGCGGCAAAAGUCCCUGGUGCGCGUGCACCAGCAGUUCCUCCUCUACAUCAACCGCGACCGAGACGUGCUGCUGGCUUUCGCCUCCGUGGUGGAGAACCUGCUGGCGCAGACCAACACGUCCGUCGUGGGGCUCAAUUAUGCGCAGAAGCAGAUCGCCCCUCUAGCGUGGUCUUUCUUCCAGUCGUCCCUCCCGCGCCUCACGCUCCUCGGCUACUUCUCCCACUUCGGAUGCCUCGUCUCCUACUCUCAAACCGACCCUGUCACCCAGUCGUUCUCAGCCACCCCUGGCGGCGCCCUGUCCCAGGUCUACACAAAGAAUCUCACCGAUAUCACAGGCCGCUGGUACAUCCAGGCAGUUAACACCUCCACCGGAUCAGCCCUUCCCCAGUCACCACCACGGAACUUCACGCCAGUGCCCAUCGGGUCCCCAACCGUCUACGACAGCGUUGCCAGCGGUCCCCCCGGCCUGCUGCUCUGGUCCUUCAAUGCCGUUCAGAACCUCUCUGGACCGCUCUUGCUGGCUUCGGUUGCUGUGAGGGGCGCGGAGCAGAGGAAAGCGAUUGGGCAGGACGUGGGGGGGGAUGAGUGGUGGGAUGUGGGCGUGGGAGUGGGGGUGAAAGGGGUGGUGGGGAGUGCGGGAGGGAGUGGGGGAGGGAGUGGGAAAGGGAGGGGGUUGGGAGGGGUUGGAGGGACUACGAAGGUUGAUGCAACGGUUCAAGGAGGUGCUGCUCUGGGGAAUGGGGAUUGGGAUGGGAAUGGGGAUAGGGACAGGGAUGGGGUUGCGGGAGGGGAUGGGGAUGGGGAGGGCGAUGGAUUGGUGGCACGGGAGGUGUUGUCGCUGCCAGAAAGGCACUUCCACCCCCAUUUCCAUUUGCAUUCUCAACGACCUUCCCACGUCUUCUCAGCUGCUGCUGCUGCUACUGCGGCUGCUGCUGCUGCUGCUACUGCUGGUAGUGCGGGCCCGGGUAAUCUUGCAUCAGCAUCGGCAUCUGCUGCUGCUGUCACGGCUGCCCCUACUAAUGCUGCAGCUCGUUUCCAGGUCACUCCACACAUAACGGGCAUAGUAACGCUGGGGUCGUCCACAGGCACAGUGAACCGCUACCUGGGGCUGUCAGGCACGGACAACAGCGUCAUGUACAUCUGCAGCAGCGAGGGGUUCCUCGUUGCCACCUCCACCAACGCCGCCACCACCGCCAUGAGCACUCCGUCUGGAGACCCAGCUGCUGCUACUACUACUGCUCCUGCUUCCAGUGGGGUGAGCGGAGGUGGGAGUGGCAACCAGAGCGGGUCGGGGCAGCAGCAGCAGGGGGGGGUGCCGCCGCCGCUGCCGGCGGGGUUUGAAGGGCCGGGGGCCGGGCAGGCGAUGCCGGUGCUGGUGAACGCGACGCAGGUGUCGGAUGCGGUGAUUGCCGAUGCAGCGCGGUACCUGGAGGCGCGGUUUGGGCUGCCGGCGCUGGUGGCGGGGAAUUACUCGGUGGGGGGCGUGAUGGUGAACGGGGAGGAGUGCUUCGUGAGCACCAUGGCUCUCAGCUUCGACAACCUCAAUAUGGUGAGUGAGCCUCGAUUGGAUGUAGCCUGUAGGUAUACGCAAAGGGUUGGUGGCUGGGGAGGAGGUAUUGGUGCUGGUGGCGGGGAACUACUCGGUGGGGGGUGUGAUGGUGAAUGGGGAGGAGUGCUUU